CUGCUUGGAGUGCUAGUGAUAAGCAAGCAAUUUCAAAUUGUUUGGGAAAAUCAGUUUAUAUAUAUAUAAGCGCGUUCAUUUAGAAUGAUUUGAGGUCUCUGCCUUUUUUUUAUAUCAUGACAUCGAAUACUGGAAUAGAAAACUUAUUUUAUCACAGCAGAUUUCCCAAUGGAUUGGCACUACUCCCUCUGCCAUUUUACCUUCCUCUUGGAAUAGUUGUCAUGGUAAUAAGGAUAUUUUUCAUCGCCCAGUUAUAUGUGGUGUUAUUAAUAGUGCCGAAAUCAUGGAUGAUAAGACGAUUGCUGUUACGUGUAUCUGGUGCCAUGUCCGGUUUGAUUGUAACUCAGCAAGGAGUGGAAUUAGUUCAUAGACAGGAAUGUAAAAUGAUUGUAUCAAAUCACCUAAGUCCUAUGGACAGUUUGGCUUUUGAAUCUAUUUUACCAUGUUUCAUGGAUGCUGUAAGAAACCACAUACCAACAUUCCUGAGAUGGAUAUUAAAAUAUGAUGAAGUUGAACAAGGCGACCCUGUUCCUUCGCUUGUUUUUCCAGAAGGAGCCACCACUAAUGGAACCCAAGGACUUCUUAAGUUUAGUGCAAUGCCAUUUGAUGAAAAGAAUGAACGGUUUGUGGUGGCAACAAUUACUAUAUCAAGACCAUAUUUUGUACAAAUUUCUCCGUCCGUUCUUGGCAGUUAUUGGUGGAGUGAUUUUCUUUGGCUAAUAUUCACACCCUACACUCAUAUGAAAAUAAGGUUUUUUGAGCCACCCAAGAGAAAAGACAAUGAAAGCAAAGAAGAUUAUAGUGUUGCAGUUCAGAAUUUUAUGGCAGAGAAACUUGGUAUAACCUCCACAAAAUUUGAUGCAAAAGAGAAAGCAGAGUAUACAAAAAGAUAUUUUCUUGAACAAAGUCAGCGACUAAAAGACUUUUGCAAGUGCUAUGUCACAUCAUCAAGAACGGGAUGGUUUUGAUAGUACGUAGAGUCCAUGGCUUCUCAAGUGAAAAAUGUUUUACCACAGGUGCCAAUGUCAGUCAUAAGGAAAAAUAUAAAAAUAACAAAGUGUGUUGACACCAGCAUAACAAAUUUCUUGGAAGGAAAAGUGUCGUACACACCUGAACAAAUAGAAAAGACAAGCUCACCAAGCAAUAGUAGCAGUAAACCUGCUGAUAAUUCAUUCGGAAAAGACUCAAAGGAAAGGCAUUUAUCAUUUCAAGAGAGAAAAAAGGCAUUUAUUGCUGCCGCCAGAGAGAACUAUCUUGCUAAGCAUGGUCUGCCCAAGAGAACAGAACAAUGACGUGUUAUGUUGGUGGAUUAUGGACUUCCUAUGGAUUUAACAUGUGCCAUCUUUGUUGGUUUAGCCAACAGGUACCAUGGAAGAAUCAAUGGUGAAUUAUUUAUAUAAUCGCUUGUCUAAGAAAUCCAAUGUUUUAUUGAUGUACUAGAUUAAUAUUAAAACAUCAAAACAUGUUGGUUA